AUCUUAGCUUCUGUCUUUACUUCUUUUCCCUCCUUGACUUGGUCUUGGCACAUUUAGAUAGAAAGCAAGCAUAAGUUCACUGUGCAAGGCAGAGUAUAUUGUGAAACCCGUCCCGCACAGUUCCUAGCUGGGGUUCAACACUUCAUAAAGAGUGUUUGCAUUCUUUGAUCACAUCUGUUUCCCAUUUAACUUUUAGACUUUCAUGGUGGGAUACAGUAAUUAAACUUAUAAUUACAAUAUUAUAUAAAUUAUAAUUUUAUAAACGUGAUAAAAGCUUAAAGCUUGACCUUUAAUCUUUUUUUUUUUUUAAUUUUAAUAUUCAAUUAGUUUUAUUAAUGUGGGAGAUCAAGGGUUAAUCAUCUUUACUUCUGUAUUUUGCUUCUUGGCCCUCGAUGAUUUGGCCUAUGGACCGAGAUUCUCUUUCUUUACCUACCGUGGAAGGUAGUAUACACAGUGACACUUGUCGUAUUAGGGGAUGUCUUAGGCAUUUGUAUUCUCCGUUACUUAUGUCUUUGCAAUUUUCCUCAUACUUCUUCAUAUUAAAAUUAUGUAAACAAAGGUGUUUUUAAUUCAAGAAAUUUCGAAUUUUUAAAAUUUCAAAAGGUAAGAAUUGUCCUGCGGAAAAUAGUCAUUUUGUCGAUACAUAUUGAAUUUACCACGUAAAAAAAAAUUGAAAUUUUAGAUUAAAUGAAAAUACGAUGUCAACGUGUCAGUAUUCAAAAAGCUAAUAAAAUAAAUCCUGAAGAAUAGUUAAGAGUCGUGUAAGGUGUCUAAUAUCAACGGCCGAUUGUUUCUCAACCUAUUACUCUCAAGGCUCACUCACGUUACAAAACAAGAAACUGGAAAUUUUCUCCUCUUUUAACCUUUCCAAAUUCUGUCUCUUUAACUCAGGAAUGGAUUUGAGCCACCAAGAUAGAGUAGAGGUAUGCAAGAAACGAGAAGGGUUUUCGGGGCCAUACUACAGUGCAAGAAUACUUGCUGCCAUCGGAGGAACCAAGUACUUACUUAGAUACGAGACACGUUAUGGUCCAGACCGAACGAGAUUGUUAACUGAAGCUGUUGAUGAAACGGAGAUUAGGCCUCUGCCACCCACGAAUUUUGAGGUUUCAGACAAUAUUGUUGAUGCAUAUGUUAAUAAUGCGUGGUGGGUGGGAAGAAUUGUGAGGAAAGUUGAUGAUUUUUAUCAUGUAAAGUUGGAGAGCACCGGUGAUGUGGUGCAUUUACCUUUUCAUAAAGUCAGGAUUCAUCUUGAAUGGGAAGAUGGGAAGUGGGUUUAUCCUGGAAAUAGGCCUCAACAUGGUGGUGCUCAAGCAAGUUCCAGCGGGCAACGAACAAUGUCUUCUGAUACCCGGAAGCAUAAGUAACAUAGAGCCAAUUUUAAGCUUCUUAUUUUGACCAAUGUGUAGGAGGAGAUAUUGCUUAACUCAUCUAGAACCCAACUUAAUUGCGACAUUCCAUCCGUUUGUUUCUUACUUGCCUCUAUUAUCUCCAAUUCUGUAAAAGCAAAAGAACAAAUCAAAUUCUUCUUGUCUUCCAUGUU